GGAGAGCAGGUCGCUCGCCGGAGCUCGAGCCGAACUCGUCUAUGAGGGAGUGAAGGCUGUUGGCCGUGAAGUCCGCUGCUGGGAGCCGGCGGAGAGGGAGACCGAGCCGAGCGGCGUUGCCACUGUGAAAGUUAGUGAAAGCCUCUCCUUAGAGUUGAUGUAUUAGAGAACAACUAUUUCAAAUAUGACCAAGAUCACAAAAGAGUUAUUGCUUGAAAAAGGAACACCAAAGCACUCAAAACUAGAACAUAUUAAGAAAAUCAAUCUUUCUAACUUAAAGCUGAAAACAAGCGAUUUGGAUCGAGUACUAUUUUCUCAGCUGUCAGAGUUGGAAGAAUUGGAUGUGUCUAGAAAUCUGCUAACGGAAAUUCCAAGCAAUCUGGGACUUUACAGCCUGAAGUGUCUAAACUGUGCCAGUAAUGACUUGAAUCAAGUUACGUCGAUUAGCCAGUUUGAGAAUCUUGAAGAUCUCAAUUGUGAAGAUAACUUGCAUUUGACGAUCUGUGACACAUAUAAGCUGGUAUAUUUAUUACCUAAUCUCCGGCAAUUCAAUGGCAGCAAUAUAACAUCCGGUGGAUAUCAUCUGUGGUUUGUCAACAGUCGGCAGCUAAAGUGUCAAGUAAAUGCAUAUUGGAAUAAAAAAUACAAAGCUCGGCUCUCAGAAUCAUCAACCCCUGAUGAGAUAAGGGCAGUUGGAAAUAGAUUUGUGAAAUCUGCUGUUGCUAAUGUUAAAUAUGGACCAAAUUCUCUGAGUGAAUUUACAAAAUGGAGGGUAGAAAUGAUAGCUUCAGAGAUUCUGAACUCUCUGCUACAGCACAAGGAGAAAUCCUCUGAUUCAGAAAAUGAGGACGACAAUGAAAAUAAAGAUGUCCUUUACAUCUCUGGUAGUAGUAAUGGGUCCUCUGGGUCCUGCACUGAAUUAUGUUCAGAGAGAAACACUUGCCUUCAUAGUGCAAAGAAUAUUGCAAAACAUGCACAACAUAGAAAAGCAAAGGCCCCACAGAAUGUUAAUAAAGACAUUUCUAAGAAUAAAAUUCAGUCUGGGAAAGAAAGACAAACAAAACCAACCAACCUAAGCAAGAAGGAUAACAUAUUUGCAAUAAACAAGGAGGCCGAGAGAGAGUGUUCAGCAACUUCAAUUGCUGCCAGUAAAGAAAGUAUUCCAAGGAAGAAGACAAAGACCUCUGUUGUCCUAGAACCUCUGCAUUAUCUGCAGUGCCACAGCAAGGAUAACAACCCUGAAGAUUUCAACACUCAGCUUUGGGCCUGUGCUUUUGAACCAGAACUUGAAAGCUCCCAGAUUCCAGAUGUUUGGAUGCAAUCGUCUCGCAAUGUGGCUAUAUGUGGAGGAGAUUCCGUUUGUAUCAUUGACUGUGAAACUGGGAUUGUUCAUCACAAGUACAAAUCAAUUGGAGAUGAUUUAUUUUCUCUGGCCUGGACCACCCUUACAAUGAUUGACACGAAUCAGAAAAGAAAACUCAAUGUAUUAGCCGUGGCUGGCCAGUUGGGUGUAGUAAAGCUGAUUCACACAAAAGUAAACUACUGCUAUGGAAGCAUAAAGGCUCACAGAAAAUCAAUCUCGACGCUCUGCUUUUCUCCUAUAAGGGAAACAUUUCUCUUCACUGCUUCCUAUGAUCAUACAAUCAUCUUAUGGGAUAUUGGUGUUCCAGAUCUAAAUUACAGGUUUCAAGCAAGUCGUUUGCUGGUUUUGAAGAGUGGUUCAACUCCUUUCAAGAUGAGCCUUGUUCCAACUUGCCCUGAUCAUUAUCUUGUGGCUGCCUGUGAAAACGGUUGCUUUGCCUGGGACAUCAGGCAAACUAAACCUGAAGGAAAAAGAAACUUUGAGAUGGAAUUUCUUUUCCCAAUUUACAAUAAAGAGGAUGAAAAUAAUUACCAUGUGAUUGAUACGUUAGUUUUCUGCAGUGAUGAUCUUAUAGCUUCCAAAAGUUCCACGCAAGGCUCAAUAUACCUGUGGAGCUGGAAUAAGACUUUACAAAAACGGAAGAAACAGAAUACUAAGGUGCAUGCAGAGAUUCUGAGAGAGUUUGAGUGGUCCAACACAGAACAGCUUUACAUAGCACUUGCUGCUUGUCCAGCUGAAAACUAUCUUCUAUGUGGAGAUGAGAAAGGAGACGUUUGGAUGUAUAAGUUCGAUGAGACCAGCACUGAAUAUCUGACUUCUGGCAAAAAGACUUCACCAACGCAGAUUCUGAAGUGGCCAACUAUAGAAGCAAAAGGUGAAAUAGUUGAAGGAACUUUGAUAAAUGUUGCAAUUACUGAUACAGAAUUUAAAUAUCUUGUGGCAGCAACAGAUAAAAACAUUGUUGUUAUUUGGAAAAGAAUAUAAUUGUCGGCAGAAGUACUGGAGAUCCAGACCAUUGCCACCUGGACUUUUAUUGCAACUGAACGAUGCAUUCUGGCAUCCUAAUGGGUCCUGCGAUUUAUCUCAGAAGUCAAAAUGUUUGUAUGAGAAAUAUGGACGUAGUAUAAGAAUAAUUGAGUCACUGCAACAAAUUCGAAUAGUUCACCGAUCACGCUGUUAAUGAAAGGUGAUUUGGAAUAAGUACAGUUGAUAUAUAAUGUGCAAGACAUUAUUUUAUUGCUGAACAGUAAUGUGACUUUUAGUUCUUCUUUAGGCUGCAGGGUGUAAUUGCUGUUCCUUCAUUGAUUUAUCCUCUAAUGUUUUUAAGCAGAUUAAAAAUCUGACAUACUUUUUUAUAUAUUCUCCCUUAUGACCUCAUUACUCCAUAAAAUGUAAAAUUAAUUAAAAGCUAUUAACUCGUUGGAAAUAUGCAUGUGCAUAUUAGAAACGAUUGUCCUUUGUUCCUUUGUGUGUACUUUUUAAGAAUCCAUCAUAGUUCGAGUUUCAUGUAAAACACUAUUAUAUUUUUUGUUUACACUUCAAAAAUUAUUAAUCUGGCCAGGAAGUGAAAUAUUUUAUUUUAAUGAUCUUGAAAAGCAAAGAUAAUGUUGCUAAAGAGUUGUCAAACUUUAGCUUCAUCUAAACAGUAAUCAAACCUUGUAUCCUUAAAGAAGUAUCUUAAAGUUAAACAGGACUUGAAGAGCAAAUCAUGUACACAUAAUAUAAUAUAAUCAUUGAACAUUAAACAUCUUGUAUGU